AUGAGCGCUCUACCUAUCCCCAGUCGUGAUGAUUACAGACUAUAUUUUAUGAAAGAUUUAGGCAUGAUGCGUAGCAUAUCACCCCUCACAAGACUACGCUUUCUAUUUACUCUCGCGUUCUUUAUCCUGCCACGGGCGGCGUUCCGCAUUGUAGGGGCCAUGAUACGUGCAUGGCAAAAAAAGCUUCCUCUGGGGCCCUCCAUCUGGAAUGGAUUUGCAGGCGCUCUGAUGGCUAACACUCCCCCACAACAACUGCAGGCCAUUUUGCCAUCCACUAUGGAGACAUAUGAUGCAUGGGUGUUGUCUCAUGGGGCCAGCUAUGCGGAGGAUAUUCUGACUGCUGACAAUUCAACUCGUCUCCUGUGGCUUGGUCCAAAGAAAGCAAAUAAGGUCGUCCUUUUUUUCCACGGUGGUGGAUAUGUAAUGCCACUUUCUGACGGACAUAUGAACUGGAUGUCGUAUGUUAGGAAGAAGGCUAACAGCGCUGGGAUUGAGCUCAGUGUAUGUAUUCUCAAAUACGACCUGAUUCCUGCCAAUCCGUAUCCCAGGCAGAUGAUGCAGAGCAUCUUUGCACUUAAACAUCUCCUGGCUUUUGGGUAUAAACCAUCGGAUAUUGUCUUCGGAGGCGAUUCUGCAGGGGGUCAUUUGUCUCUAUGCCUCCUCGCUCAUCUACAUCGUCUCCGCCCUUCUCAGCUCACAACAGAUAGCGUAAUCGACCUAUCGGAUCCAAUAAAAGGAUGCUUCCUUGUAUCUCCACUGGCAUCCUUCAACUUCAAUACCCCCUCCUAUCAGAGAUGGUUCAGUGCCGAUGUUCUAAGCAGGAAGGUUGUGGAAGAAUGGGGAGUCUAUCUUGUGGAAAACUCCCCCUGGCAGGACGAGAUUUCAUCCGGGAAUGGCUGGGGAAUGGCUUUGGAUGUUUCAGAGAGCUGGUGGGUGGGCCUUGAUGCUGUCGAUGGUAUUCUGUUGACCGGGGGCUACGAGGAAGUUUUCAGUGACCACAUACAACAGCUGGGCGAGAUGCUGAAGAGAAAUAGUAAAGGAGAAGUGACGGUACACAUGGCCAAUGAAGCCCACGAUGGACCCUUGAUGGACUUUUCAGCAGGUAGGCCUCCAAGUGCAACGACGAAGGCAAUUACAGACUUUGUUAUAGCUUCUCUCAAGGACUGA